AUGGGAACGUUCAUUGCUCGCUUUCUGUAUAUCAGUGUUUCCCAAACUGGGGGUGUGAGGGACAUCGCCAGUGUGUGUCUGCAGAUCGGCUACCCUGCCCUCGCCUCCGUCCCUCACUCUGUCAUCAAUGGAUACAAGAGGGUGCUGGCUGUUGCCGUGGAAACCGACUACUCCUUCCCGUUGGCUGAGAAGGUGAAGGCUUACCUGGCCGACCCCACCGCCUUCGCUGUCGCAGCUCCUGCAGCCGCUACUGCUGAGGUGAAAUCUGCUGCUCCUGCUGCCAAAGAGGAGGUGCCCAAGGACGAGUCCGAGGAGUCUGAUGGGGACAUGGGCUUCGGCCUGUUUGAUUAA